ACAGACACAACUUCCUGAGGAACUGGAAGUGCCUGGGAAACUGGUGCUGGGACCUUUUCUUUGCUGUUGGAGUACUGCUGGCUCUGUGCAAGUUGGAAAAGAAGCUUUUCCUCCAUGAGUUCAGGACUGCAUGGGCUAACUGGAACUGCAGUCCCUGACUUGGCUCUAACUUCCUGGAUGGAGUGAAGAGAAACAACUUUGUGCUCAGAAGCAGCUAAACACCAAGACAGAGAGAUUGCUCACAAGCAGGUGGCAGGACCAUGAGCGACAAUCAGAGAGGCAAGCUUCAUCAGCAAAGUCCUUCAAGAGCUGAACUGCAUCUGUUCCCCUCCAGAAAGCUCACAGGGAAUACCCUCCAGGAUGCCAAUCAAAGGCGUGACCACAAGCAGAAGCUGGAGACAGAAAGUGAGGUGGAGACACCUUUUGGAGAGAAAGGGGGAAUGGUACCUCCCUGUGGGAUGGAAGCCUGGGACCGUGAGGACAGUGGUAGAGCCCACAUCAGUAAUGUUAUCCUUGCAGGGGAAAAGCCAGAACUACCCGUGUGUGGGAACAGUGCCAUUUGGAUUCAGCAGGUGGUUGAGAAAACCUACGAGUGUCCUGAGUGUGGGAAGAGCUUCAGCCGGAGCUCAUACCUGAGCCAGCACCAGAGGAUCCACCUGGCAGAGAAACCCUUCAUCUGCUCCGAAUGUGGGAAGAGCUUCACCCGCAACUCGGACCUGAUCAAACACCAGCGGAUCCACACUGGCGAGAAACCCUAUCAGUGCAAUGAGUGUGAAAAGACCUUCAGCCAGAGGUCCAAUGUGAUCAGGCACCAGCGGACCCACACGGGAGAAAGGCACUACCAGUGCAAUGAAUGUGGGAAGAGCUUCAGCCAGAAUUCGCAUCUCAUUGUCCACCAGCGAAGUCACAAGGGUGAGAAACCCUUUAACUGCCCCCGGUGUGAGAAAAGCUUCAGUGACCGCUCCUCUUUGAUCAUACACCGCAGAGUCCACACUGGAGAGAAGCCCCACAAGUGCAAGGAGUGCGGGAAGCAUUUCCGGGACAGCUCAGCCAUCAUUCGGCAUCAGAGGAUCCACACAGGAGAGAAACCAUAUGAAUGCACUGAGUGUGGGAAAACCUUCCGGCAGAGCUCCUCGCUGGUGACCCACAUGCGAACACACACGGGGGAGAAGCCCUACAAGUGCCCUGUGUGCGGGAAGAGCUUCAGCCAGAGCUCGGCACUCACCACUCAUCGGCGGAUCCAUGGGGGGAAGGCCUUGCCGAUGUACCACAGCAGCCUCCUGCCCAAUCCCUACCAGUGUGCCAAGUGUGGCCGGAGGUGCAGCAACCACUCCGCUCUGGCCAAGCACCAGACCACGCAUGCCGAGGAGCGGCCCUACAUCUGUGUGGAGUGCGGGGACAGCUUCUGCCGGAGCUCAGCUCUCAACGUGCAUCUGAGGAUCCACAGUGGGGAGAGACCCUACAAGUGCGAGGAGUGUGGAAAAAUGUUCAGGCACAGCUCAGCCCUCGGUGCCCACCUGAGGAUCCAUGCAGGAGCCAAGCCCUACCAGUGUGGUGAGUGUGGGAAAAGCUUCCGGAAAAGCUCAGCGCUUAAAGUGCAUAUGAAAAUCCAUGUGGCCAAGAAACCUUAUAAGUGUACGGUGGGUAGGAGAAUGCUCACUUCUGCCAUAGGGCUGGAGCAGAUGUUCGGAGCAGGAAUCAAUAGCAGUGUUUGAGAGUGCCUGAAAAAGGUGAGUGAUGAGAACCACAGUGGGAAGAGACUGAUUGGAGAAAUAGUAACUCUGGUGUCAGGGCAAGAUGCUUAACCCCAAUGGCACAAAACCCACUAGGAGAUCUGGAAACAAGGAGUUAAUCCUGAGAGCCAAGCACUGGUUGUUUAGUAAGAGUGCUGAGAGCCUGAGGAAGGGGCACCAGCUUCUAGGAGAGUUGUGGACUGUGAAUAUACAGUAGAGUAAGAACUGGGAGAAUCAGGCCUGUAAAAUAACUUCUCAACUAAAAGUGAAGACUGAAACAAAAAGUUCCAGGUUGGUUCUGCCUCAAAACUUUGGCUUGUUAGACACUGCAGUAGUCUUAGGAACUCUCUUAUUAUUAACUGCCAUUAUUUUUCAUGAGUGCAGUACGUUUACCCAGUGUUUGACAAGGUGAUUCCAAAUCUUUUGAGCCUGAGGUUCUAGAGCUGAACUCCAAUCUAUUUGUCUUUUCUUUCUCUUUCCCAAAUGUUACAUGGGACAAAGAAUUCCUACCUCAUCAUGCAAAGCCUGGCUGACAUAACACCUGAGGAACGUAAAACUGACAUGGCUGUUCCCAGAAAACAUGGAUGCACAAGCAUUUCCAGUUGGAACACGGCCCAUUACAAGUUUGAGGGAGCUUCUCCUAAAUUUGCCCUCUCUAGUAUGAUACACCUGCCAACUUGGGACAGCAACAAACAUGGGCAAAAAUGUGGCCUUACCUUAUUUAACCAAAAAAAUAUCCCCCCACCCCAAGAUGCCGUAGUCUGAGCCUGUACAUGAUGAAUUCCUGCAGGCGGUCCAGAGGCUGUUUGCAGUUUUGUAGUCCUUUCUAUAACGGAUGUUCUUUAGCCCACUGUUAUUUGUGAAGUAUUAACAUAUGAAGCUCAGUGUUAACAGUUAGCAUUACUGUAUUUGCAUUUAUUACUAUGCUAAUGACUGUAUUUUACA